AGCUCCGUGGGGGAACAGGUAACAAAUAUAUACAAAAUAGAAUUCAAAUUUCAAAGAUUGUUUGUUACAACAUAACAAGGGUACAAAGCAAACAGACAAUGACACUUUAGAAAACGAAGAAGAAGACGAGGAAGGAAGGAGCAAAGGCAUGGGAAAACAGAAAAAAGAAGGAAGGGAAUCAGAUAAUGAAAUAGUACAAAACGAAGAAAAAGACGAGGAAGGAUGGGAAAAAGAAAUGAAAAAACGGAAAGAGGAAAGAAGGCAUCCGUCGACUGACGCUUCCGAGGCCAGCGAGACGGCUGCUGCUGAGGCUGAAUCGUAUGAAAUCACGGUCAAAGCGAAUCGAUCAUUCGCGGACAGAAUCGGGGCGGUUACGCGUUCAAAAUUGGCAAUUGAAAAUAGAGAUCCUAAAUUGGCACAAUUGCCUCAUGUAAAAAUAAGCCGUCUGCUGUCAUCUAUUGCUCACCAGGAAAAAAGAACAGAAACAGGAAGAGGAGAAGGAAAAGGAGCAGGAAGAGGAACAGGAAGAGGAUCAGGAAGAGGAUCAGUAUCAGGUUCAGGAACAGGUUUAGGAACAGGAACAUGUACAGGAAGAGGGAGAGGGAGAGGGAGAGGGAGAGGGAGAGGAACAGGAACAGGAACAAGAACAGGAAAAGGAAGAGGAAUAAGAACAGGAACAGAAACAGAAACGGGAACAAGACGAGUAGGAAGACCACGAAAAGAAGAAAAACGUUUGUUGAAGCAGUAA